AUGGAUGAAGCCAGAACCAGUGUUUUGUCUCUACAGGCUGAUGUGGAAGCUGCGCACCUGGGGCGCGCAGAUGCAGUGAAGCCGAGGAGGGCUGAGGUGGUACCUUUCACGGUUCCCAGCGAGAGUGACAAAACCCUGUUGGUGUGGGAGCUGAGCCCUGACCCCAAGGUCAAAGCCUUGCAUCGUUCUCUGUCCUCAGCCUUCUCCCGCUUUGGCCUCCUGUACGCGGUGCGCGUCUUCGCCAAUGCUGCGGCCGCCCCGCCGGGUUUUUACGCAGCGCGGUCAUUUUAUUCUGCGCGCGCCGCUCACUCAGCCCAAGGGGCCUGCGGCCGGCAGCUGCUCUUCCAGUCUUCUCCGCUGAAGGUUUGUCUCAGCAGACAUAAAGCAGUUCAACAUCGUGCCCUUGCCCUAAACAGCUCCCAAUGCCAGGAACUGGCAAGCUACUAUUUUGGUUUCAAUGGAUGGUCUGAAAGGAUUGUCAGGCUUCAGGAUCUUUCUGACCUCGAAGAAAGGGAAAAUGAAGAUAUUGUGGCACCACUUCAGAAGCAAAGCAUGAAGAUCUUCUGUGCUUUAGAGGUGGUAUUGUCACCCUUUGAUUGCAAGAGCCCUGGAGUUGGCAUAGCCAAGGAGAUUUUGGAUAAACUGGAAGAGAUCUGCUUGACCCUAACAUUGAUCAUAAUUACGACUCAGAAGUUUGCUAUUCAAAAGGCUGUGUCAGAUGCAUUUCAGAAACUGCUCAUUGUGGUUUUAGAAAGUGGUAAAAUACCUGUGGAAUAUAGGCCUUUUGAGGAGCUGACUGAUGCCAGAACUACAUGAUUUAAUUCAAUGCUCCUUUUGCAGGUCAGCUAGCUUUCUUGGAAGCAGGAUGGCCCAGGGGAGGAAGAAUGUAUCUCGGAUUUCAGUAGUGAGGAGGACGCACCAAGACCACCACAACUGGACUAG